GGGUAAGGGGUGGGGCAGGGGCUGUAGUGGGAGAGUUUGGUGUCUGCGGCUGGGCGUGCGCGUUGACUGUGAGAACCUUGGAACGAAGCUCACAACUCUGCCGUGGAAACCUGCUCGUCACAGAAUGAGUCUGCAGUGGACUGCAGUUGCCACCUUCCUUUAUGCAGAGGUCUUCGCGGUGUUGCUCCUCUGCAUUCCCUUCAUUUCGCCCAGAAGAUGGCAGAAGAUUUUCAAGUCCCGCCUGGUGGAGCUGGUGGUGAGCUAUGGCAAUACCUUCUUUGUGGUUCUCAUUGUCAUCCUGGUGUUGCUGCUCCUCGAUGCGUACCGUGAGACCCGCAAGUACGACGAUGUGACGGAGAAGGUGAACCUGCAGAACAACCCCGGUGCCAUGGAGCACUUCCACAUGAAGCUUUUCCGCGCCCAGAGGAACCUCUACAUCGCCGGCUUCUCCUUGUUGCUGUCCUUCCUGCUUAGACGCCUGGUGACUCUCAUCUCCCAGCAGGCCACACUGCUGGCCUCGAAUGAAGCCUUUAAGAAGCAGGCAGAGAGUGCUAGUGAGGCGGCCAAGAAGUAUAUGGAAGAGAAUGAUCAGCUCAAGAAGGUAGCUGCUGGUGACCGAGGCAAGCUGGAGACUGGGGAUGCUGCGGUGAAGGCGGAGGAAGAGAACAGGAGCCUGAAAGCCGAUGUGAAGAAGCUGAAGGACGAGCUGGCCAUCUCCAAGCAAAAGCUCGAGAAAGCUGAGAAUGAGGCGUUGGCCAUGCGGAAGCAGUCCGAGGGCCUCACCAAGGAGUACGACCGCCUGCUGGAGGAGCACGCCAGGCUGCAGGCCGCAGUAGACGGCCCCACGGACAAGAAGGAGUGAUGCUGCCGCUUCCCCUGCCGGCUGUCAGCCUCCACCCUGCCUGCGCUUGUUGCUCCCAGGAGCCCAGCUUUUCCCUUUGAGCCUUGUCCCACUCCUCUCCACAGCGUCUAGCCUGUCCCCUCCACAGUCGCAGUCUGCCGGCACACCACUGGGGACCUGAUUAUCACUCAUUCACUUGCCUGCCAGGCUGUGGGCUGCCUGCCCCGUGGGGAGUGUGGAGGGCACUUGUCCCUGGCCUGCAUCCGAGCCCCUUAGUUCUGCCGUGUUGACGCGUUCUCUGGUCCUGCCCGAGCUCCCUGCGGCAGGCCCACUGGUUUCUCCUGCAGGCAAUAAAAGUUGUUGCGAUGUUCUG